AUGGCUUUCAAGGUAUCCUCGCCGUCAUGGCUUGCGGCUGCUCUGGCCUUGUUCUCCUUCUUCUCUCUGCUUCUCCCCGCGAACGCCCUGUACUUCUAUGUUGACGGUCGCCAAACAAAGUGCUUCUUCGAGGACCUGCCCAAGGAUACUCUAGUAGCAGGCAAGUUUGAGACUGAGGUCAUCAACCCCAACACCAACACCUACGCGAUCGACCACAACUUGAAGAUGCAUAUCACCGUCGAUGAGACUUUCGACAACGACCACCGCGUCGUCUCGAAACGCGAGAACCACUCUGGCCGCUUCACUUUCUCCGCUGCCGACGCUGGCCAGCACCGCAUCUGCUUCACCGCGGAUACCGAUGCCUCGACUGGCGGCUGGAUGUCCAGUGCUCAGGGUGCGGUCAAAGUGUCCUUGGACAUUGCCAUUGGCGAGACCAGCAAGAUCGAAACCGAGGAUAAGGACAAGAUGAAGGAUAUUGUGCAGCGCGUCCGCGAUCUGAACAGCCGGCUGCACGACAUUCGUCGGGAGCAGGUCUACCAGCGUGAACGUGAGGCCGAGUUUCGUGACCAAUCCGAGACCACCAACUCCCGUGUCGUCCGCUGGACCCUGAUCCAGCUGGCGAUCCUGUCUGCCGCCUGCGCGUGGCAGCUUUCGCAUUUGCGGUCAUUCUUCAUCAAGCAGAAGUUGACUUAA